AUGGUACUCGUCGCAUCCAUUAUCAUGAUUAUCGGAGCGUUUCAUAGUUCUGCCGAUCGUCGACUUUUCACCGAACAACGUGGUGUGUUACGAGGAUGUGUCGAUCGACUCUUGUUAUUUGGUCUUGACGACGAUGUACGAAGUGUACUGUCCGCCUAUACCAGUCAACGAGUAUGCAGAGAAACGAAUCGUAAAAUUCUGCGUCUCUAUCCGUUGAGCACCGACAGCGAUGUGGUGACACUAUGUUCGUGCGUAGGCGAUCACUGUAACGACCAAGACAUGCUGAUGGCGCUCAACUCGUCCAAUGUCACCGAAAAACUCGUCUACGCCUUCAUUCUUCUUUUAAUAUCCACAAUAAUUGAUUUAUAG